ACCAGGUGUUUUGUGUUUUAUAAUAACAAACCAAGAAAUCAAAUUAAUUAAAUUCAAUUUAAGCAGGUUCAAAUAAAAUGGCAGUCCUACGUGGGUGGAGAUUCGUUGGAUUCGUGUCCUGUAUCGUCGGUGCCGUGGGCCUAACGCUAUAUCCUGUGAUUGUGGACCCGAUGCUGAACACCGACAAAUACAAAUCCCUGCAGGAAUACAGCAAAAUAAAAAGAGAUGAACUGGAGCAUAUAAGAAGGCAGUAAAAAUCCCGUUUAUACGACUACAAGUGUACACUUAAGAACCCCAAUAUGUUUAUAUUCUAUUACAAUGAAUUGGCAGUAAAAUGUUCAUAUUCGAUAUUGUAUUCUAUUAAAAUACAAA